CGAUUGAACAGGACGUCAUGUACAUGAAUACCUAUUUAAUUACAAAUGAUCUAAAUAACAUGGUGAAAUGUUGCUUGCAGAAAGACAGCAAAACCACCAUAAGCUGACUUGCUUAGCCGGGGCGAAAUCAUGAAGUCAUGAUUUUAGUACUGAAGUUAUCAGGGUUGCCAGGAUAUAUAAAAAAGAAACGCCCAAUUGCUACUAAAAACUACCGCUGGAAAACCGCGGACUUGGCAACACUGCGAAGUUGCGCAGGCGCUGUGAGGGGGAAACAGGGAAACUGAAUUCGCCGGAACACCGGGUUACGUUGGACAGCAUGGCUGAAGAAAAUAGCUCAUUGAAUAUUUGGCCAGAAAUAGAAAAGGCAGAAAAGGAGAACAGGCGUGAGCUGGUGCUUCAGGGUUCAGCGGUUGACAAAAAGAUCCAGAGCAGCGGCGGACUUCACGCGCGACUUUAUUCCCUCUCGCCCCUAAACUACCUGGAGAUCAGUCAAUGUCCCAGUUUACAAGAGAUCCACGAGAACAUCGGACAUCUGUCUCAUCUACAGAGUCUGAUCCUCUGCAGGAACAAGCUCACUUCAGUCCCAAAAAGCAUUGGUGAACUGAAGGCGAUUAAAGUCCUGGAUUUGUCUGUCAACCAGCUGCAGGCGUUGCCCGAGGAGAUCUGUGCACUGAGCGAACUCAACACUUUAAAUGUCAGCUGCAACAGCAUCGCCGCUCUGCCGGAUGGCCUGAGCAAGUGUGUGAAGCUCGCCAGCAUCAAUGUGUCCAAAAAUGCACUCUCUCGGCUCCCAGAUGACUUGUGGUGCUCCAGCCUGGAGCUCCUCAGCAGCAUCAUAGCAUCAGAAAACACGAUAGAGGAGCUGAGCAGUGAGGUUCAUAACCUGCCUGCGCUGAAGGUUUUGGAUCUCUCCAGCAACAAGCUCCAGGAGCUUCCAUCUGAGUUGGCCGACUGCCCCAAGCUGAAGGAGACCAAUUUUAAAGGGAACAAGCUGAAGGACAAGAGGCUUGAGAAGAUGGUGAAUGGCUGCCAGACUAAAUCAGUCCUAGACUACCUGAGGGCAGGUGGGAGGGGGAAAGGGAAAGGCAAGCAGCAGGAUGGAGAGGUGAGCGAGAAGCUUGAUGGAGGCCAUAACAUCUCAAAGAAGAAAAGCGGUGCAAAGCAGAAAGGCAAAAAAGAGGCAGAGGAAGUGGAUGAGCUUAAUCGGAUGGUUGUGAGAGUUCUGCAUGUAUCCAAAGCACCCACGGCUGUGACAGUCAAAGUUUCUGCAGGAGUCAAGGAUGUUCGGCCAUACAUUGUGUGCUGCAUUGUAAAAGGCAUGAACCUCAGACAAGGAAAUGCACUCAAGCGAUUUUUAGUUGCUCAGACCAAACUUCACGAUGAGAUUUGUGCCAAAAGAACAACAGCAACCAUUGCAACUCAUGACCUCGGCUUGCUGAAGACUCCUCUGUUGUAUGACGCCAGGCCACCAGAUACACUGAAGUCAUAA